AUGUCGUCUUUACGAGUUAUAAAAGCAAGAAGAGUUUCUAUGCUCUUUCCGUUAACAAAACGCGUUUCAUUAACGUUACCUUCUUAUCCAAGUUUUCGAAAUGCGAGUGGAGGAGCUCACCAUGAGCCUGAAUGGAAUGAACCCUCUGGAUAUUUGUUUGGCGAAAAGCCUCUACCACCAGGUCAGAAACGCGUAAAGGAAGAGUGGGAAAACAUUUGGGUAUAUGGAUUCGGUGGGAGUUUCGUGAUCGGUGCUAUUUUAAAGUAUUAUGCACCAGAUACAAGCUUAAGAACUUGGGCCACGGAAGAAGCCAAAAAACGAUUAGAAGAGCGAGGAGAACUGACUGAAGAUAUGAGACGUAUGAGAUAA